CGCGGGGGGCGGGUUGGGGGUCGUUUGUUCGGUUUAGGCGCCGCCGCACGUGCUUCCUGUGCGUGGGUCGGCAGUUUGCUGCAUGUUGUGGGUUUCCUCUUUCUGUCAAAUUUUUAGAAAUGGUUUCUGUCAUUUGUCUCUGAAAGUCUGUCAGUCAAGAAAAGUAUGGACUACCUUUGAGAAAGGUAAACUUCUGUCUACAUUGUUUAGCAACAUGGAAGAGGAGGAACCAACUAAUCUUUCCACAAAGCGUCCUUGCCCAGAUCAUGCGGAUGAGCAAACUGAGCAAGAAUAUCAUAAAAGGACCAAAUUUUCAGAACCUAGUGCAUCUCUUAAUCAGUCUGUUGUAUGUAAACACACUGAAGGAAUUGAAAGUGGUUUGCAGGCUUUGUCAUCCAGAAAAGAUGAGAAUGAUGAAAAAGAAGCCGUGGAAGAAACAGAUGAUGGUGUACUUCAAGAGGAUGAAGAAGGCGAUGGAGACAGCUUUGCUGAUAUGAUGAAACAUGGCUUAGUUGAGCAGGAUGUUGGAAUCAUCAAGUUUGUGAGCACACACGAAGGUUUCUCAGGAAUUUUGAAGGAAAGGUAUUCAGAUUUUGUUGUGCAUGAAAUAAACAAGGAAGGAAAGACAGUUGUUCUGGAUGAUUUAUCUGUACCUGAUGAUGAUGAUGAGGAAUCUUCAGAUGAUAUUUUUUCAGUAUUAUCAACUCAAGAUAAAGAACGUUUGGAAAAUCUUCAGCUUCUUAAAAAUAAGGAAGAUUCUGUGUUGAUUGAGGUUGUUGAAGAUACUAAAGAAAAAAGAACAAUUAUUCAUCAAGCUGUGAAGAGUCUCUUUCCUGGACUUGAGACUAAAACUGAAGAAAGAGACGGAAAGAAAUUCAUUGUAGCAUACCAUGUUGCUGGGAAGACUGCACUGGCAAAUCCAAGAAAACAUUCGUGGCCCAAAAACAGGGGAACCUACUGCCAUUUUGUGCUGUAUAAGGAAAACAAAGAUACAAUGGAUGCCAUUAAUGUGUUGUCUAAAUUUCUGAGAGUCAAACCAAACAUAUUUUCAUACAUGGGAACCAAAGAUAAAAGGGCUAUAACUGUUCAAGAAAUUGCAGUUGUAAAAAUCACAGCGCAGAGACUUUCUCAUCUAAACAAAUGUUUAAUGAACUUCAGGCUAGGCAAUUUCAGUUACAAAAAAUAUCCCUUGAAAUUGGGAGAAUUGCAAGGAAAUCAUUUUACAAUUGUUCUAAGGAAUAUCACUGGAUCAGAUUUGCAAGUAGAGCAUGCCAUGACUUCACUCAGGGAUAUCGGAUUUAUUAACUACUAUGGAAUGCAAAGAUUUGGAACAACAGCAGUUCCUACUUACCAAGUGGGAAAAGCAAUUCUACAAAACAAUUGGACUGAAGUUAUUGAUCUGAUCUUGAAGCCGCGGCCGGGAGCAGAGAGAGGAUAUCUGGUGAAAUGCAGGGAAGAAUGGGCUCGAACUAAGGACCCUGAAGCUGCAUUAAAAAAGCUUCCUGUGAAAAGGUGUGUGGAAGGACAGUUGCUCCGAGGUCUAGCAAAAUAUGGAAUGAAGAACAUUGUCUCUGCAUUUGGAAUGAUUCCAAGAAAUAAUCGAUUAAUGUACAUUCACAGUUAUCAGAGCUAUGUGUGGAAUAACAUAGUGAGUAAACGGAUUGAAGAAUAUGGACUUAAAGCAAUUCCAGGAGAUUUGGUACUGAAAGGAGGAACAGCAGUUCCAAUUCAGGAAUCUGAUGUACAGAAUUAUACCAUACAUGAUGUGGUGUUGCCCUUGCCUGGAUUUGAUGUUCUCUAUCCAAAACACAAAAUUGGGAAAGCCUAUGAAGAAAUGCUGGCUGCUGAUAGCUUGGAUAUAAAUAAUAUGAGACACAAAAUUAGAGAUUAUUCAUUAUCAGGAGCAUACAGGAAAAUCAUUAUUCGUCCUCAGAAUGUUACCUGGUGCCCUAUGGUUCUUCACUUGUCUCAAAGACAUGCAGAUUUCUAGAUUAAUUGGCUGUCAAUCGCUCCUAGUGUAUAGGCGAACGUUAGCAUCUGUGGAGUGUUGAAGUGCCUGUAGAGAGACGAAAGAGCUUAUGAUAAGUAUAAAUAGAAGCGUGACUUUUCAGUGCACAUUUGGUUUCCAAAGGCUAUGUCACUCUUUAUAACACUAACAGUGAUUGAAAGCCAUCUGCUGCUAUAAACAAAUGAAAUACAACAAGUAUCGUAAUGUUCAAAAGUUGGUAACAGUGAAGUAAUAUGGGAGAAUGGUGUAUUCAGUUUGUUGCGGCUAGAUAAAAGGGAAUAGCCACAUAAUUGAUCUUUGGCCACCCACCUCCUCAAUGGGCAACAUUGCUGCUGCUUGUUCUCUGUUCCACUGUUCUGAACAUUGCACACCCAACUGCUUUGGUUGUCCAAUCUAUAAUAGCAGGUGACGGUUAUUCUUGUAUCAGUUUAUAAUAAAAGGAAGCUGUAAAUUUGGCAAUUUUAAUACUAAGAGACUAAAAAGGUGCACUUCAUCAAUAGAAGUUGCAGUUCUGUCCCUCUUGGCCUAAAGAGUCCAUAUUAGUACAAGAUGCAAGUUAAUUAGUUGCAGGCUGCCUAGAAUUUGACAAAUGGAGCUUAGCCAGUGUACCUUUAGAGGUUAAGGAUGCAUUUUAGAACCUUAGUUAAACUGGCCCCAGGUUUUAUCUUAGGACAUAGGACAUACAAUGGUAUAGCACAGGAAAUGAUUGAGCUGUACUAAUUAAAUUAGUAAGUAAAUGCCCAAAUAAAUUAAUUCCCUUUGCCUACUCAAUUAACCUAAGACUUUUGGUUAAGAUCAUGCUUGCCGCCAAAUGCAUGCGAUAGUUCACUGGAAGUUCAAAUGGAAAGAAAUUUGACUAAAACAAAACUAAAGGCACCUUUUCUGGGAUAAAUUGUGUUAAAUUAUCACUGCAUACAGUGAGGAGAGGUCAUGGCAAAGGAGUUCUGAUGCCUGUACAACUGGUAUGGGUGUAAGGUUGGAUUGCUCUGGGCGCAAAGCUGGUUUGAAGAGCUUUAGAGUCGAUUUGGGCUGGCAGGUGAAAUCUGGGUCCAGAGCAAUUCGCUGGGUUGUGUGACUUCAGUCCUGAGCCCAUUCGUAGCAGCCGGGUCCUAGUGAGAGGCAUAAUCUGCUGCUUAGACAUCUUAAAUGCCAGCCCAAAUUGAAGGCGAGAGCUCUCCACAAUGUUCAAUCUUUUCUCUGGGCCACCAGAGCCUUUUGCUACAGCGGUUCCCAGGUUCAGUGCGAGGUACGAUCUGUUGUUUGACCAAUUUAAACACCAAACAGAUAGACUGAAAAGACAGAGUGUUGGGAUCUAAGGCGAGAGCCAAUCUCACUUGCUCUGCAAUGGCCACUCCCCUCUUCAAGGCACUGCGGCUGUGAAGACUGCUGUUCUCCAUGCCCUCUAAUAUGAUGAACUGAUAAGCAAGGCUUUGGGCCUACUCCAGGCCCAGAUCUGAGGACUCAGUUUGGUUCGGGAUGUUGUUGCUCGCUUCAGUUGUUUGCAUGAUAUGUGUUUGCAUUCCCUUUCUCUUGUGCAUUGGGUCUUUUUAUUCAUAUUUUUUUAAAAAUUGGGUUUCUAGCUUUGUGGCUGCCUGUAAGCAAACAAAUCUCAAGAUGUAUAAUUUAUACAUUCUUUGAUAAUAAACGUACUUUGACAAUGUCCAUAUCCUUCCACUUUCUCCACAUUCAUGUGCCUAUCCAAGAGCCUCUUUUAAUUCUCUAUCAUAUAUGCCCCUGCCACAACCCCAGGCAACACAUCUCGGGCAACCAACGCUCCAUUUCAUCUUAAAUGCAUAAAUUAUGUAUUUUAACCCUGGGGAAAUAUGAUACUAGCAAUCCACUCCUAAUCGUAUAAAUCUUUAUUGGAUCUCCCCUCACCCUCUGCCAUCCAGAGAAAAUAACCCACAUUUGUUGAACCUCAAAACUCCCAAGAUUUUGUUUAUUGUCUCUCUGAAGAGAUAAGAAAGAGACAGAAAUGGAGUGCAAAGCUGUACCACUGUAUAUGUAGUGGACUUUGUUUUUUUUAUUAAUAUUUAUAGAAUACCUCCAGCUGCAAAAUGACUUUCCUAUUUUCUGGUUACUGAAACAUA